GAAUAAUGUUAUCCAAACAAUAAGCGUCUAAAUCGGACAGAGAGCAUUUGGUUUACUCAGCUCACACACAGCUCCCUCGUCGGUGCUUGUUUUCAGCUGAAGAAAUUACACUUCACACGUUAGAAGCAUGGGCCAAGAAAGCACAUUCACAGCCCAGAAACGCGCCGGUGCACUCCCUGUAACAACCACCACCGCCAACGGCGGCGUCCGCAGCCGCUCCGCCACCAAUUCUUCCGCCUUACCACGCGGCCGUCAGAUCCAACGUACAUUCAACAACGUCAAAAUCACCAUCCUCUGCGGCUUCGUCACUAUCCUCGUCCUACGUGGUACCAUCGGCAUUGGCAACCUCUCAUCCUCCGACGCCGACGCUGAGACUCAGAAUCUCAUAGAAGAAACUAAUCGGAUCCUCGCCGAAAUGCGAUCCGAUAAGGACCCGGACGACCCGGUUGAUCAACCCGAGACUUUCAUGAGCCUGAAUGAGACUUAUAGUUUAGGUCCGAAGAUUGUUAAUUGGGAUAAAGACCGGAAAAUGUGGCUCGAGAAGAAUCCAGAAUUUCCGAAUUUGGUUAAUGGUAAGCCUCGGAUUUUACUUGUAACUGGUUCUCCUCCAAAUCCUUGUGAUAAUGCAAUUGGAGAUCAUUAUUUGUUGAAGGCAAUAAAGAACAAGAUUGAUUAUUGUCGGAUUCAUGGUAUUGAAAUUCUGUAUAAUUUAGCUCAUUUGGAUAAGGAAAUGGCUGGUUAUUGGUCCAAACUGCCAUUGAUUCGUAGGCUAAUGUUAUCUCACCCUGAAGUAGAAUGGAUUUGGUGGAUGGACAGUGAUGCAUUGUUUACUGAUAUGGUUUUGGAGAUCCCUUUAUCCAAGUAUAAUCGUCAUAAUCUUGUUAUUCACGGGUACCCGGAUUUGUUGUUUGAUCAGAAAUCAUGGAUUGCAGUGAACACCGGUAGUUUUCUCUUUAGGAAUUGCCAGUGGUCUCUUGAUUUGUUGGAUGCUUGGGCACCGAUGGGACCUAAAGGUCCUAUUCGAGAUGAAGCUGGGAAGAUUUUGACGGCUAAUUUAAAGGAUAGACCAGCAUUUGAAGCGGAUGAUCAGUCUGCGCUAAUAUACUUGUUCGUAUCACAGAAGGAUAAAUGGAUGCAGAAGGUGUUUGUUGAGAAUUCGUAUUAUCUACACGGAUAUUGGGCGGGGCUAGUUGAUAGGUAUGAAGAGAUGAUUGAGAAGUACCAUCCCGGUUUAGGCGAUGAGAGAUGGCCAUUUGUUACUCAUUUUGUAGGAUGCAAGCCUUGUGGGAGUUAUGGAGAUUACCCUGUUGAGAGGUGCUUGAAAAGCAUGGAGAGGGCUUUCAAUUUUGCAGAUAAUCAAGUGCUUAACUUAUACGGGUUUAGGCAUAAAGGAUUGUUGAGUCCUAACAUCAAAAGGAUUAGGAAUGAAUCUGAUCACCCGCUGCAGUACGUAGAUCAGUUAGAUGUUCGACAUGCAAAGCACAAGAGCACAUGAACUGAUAGCUAGUGAGUACAAUGUCUUUCGCAGGAAAUAAUCUGCAGUUUUUCUGGGUCUUCCUUGGGAGGUGCUGAUGAAAGGAUUGAUCUCUCGCACCAAUCAAAAAAUUAAAAAAAAGAAGGAUUUGAUCUGUCUCGAACGAGAAUGGCACUCUUGGAAUGAGGUGCUCUUGCUUCUUCUGCCUCUCUUACUGUGAUAGCAAAGCAUCGCACGAUGAGGGGCAGAAUGUCUUUUUAUUUGAUCUACCACGGAGGAAGUCUGUUUUUAAGUUUGAUUAUUUGUAGCAACAUUUUAGCUUCCGAGCAGUUGAUGGAAUUCGCAGCUGUAUGAAAUCAUGACCAUUAAAAGGAGGAUCUGCUGGAAUCAUCAAGACAAAAUCAAUAGAAUUUGCCUAGAUAGCCUCAAGAUAUCACGAUAACACAUUAACACUUGUAUAAUUGCAAUUCUUUGUCGCUACUUUGUUGUUCAUUUUUUGGUAUAUCGUAGUGGACUACAAAAUUUUAGUUUGAACUUGGAAGUUUACCAGUGUUAAUACAUGUUCUUUCGUUCUUUUGCC